AUUUGUACUUCAGCGAGAAAAAAAAAAAGAACCCAACAUAACCAAAACCUCUGCUCUCUAUCACAAUCAACUAUAUCUCUCUCUUCAAAUCUACCGCCGGCAACUGCUAUUUAGCCGGAAAACGAAUAUUCCGGCAGCCGGAUACUCUAUUCUCACACGCAAUGUCCUUGUCUCCGUUCACCACCAUCACGUUUUCCACGAACCCUAAGCGGAAAGCAAUUCUCCUUCUCUGAGUUUUGAAGCUAUUCGAUUCUUCUUCACUACGAUACACACGAGAGCAAGGUAACGAUUUUUUUUCCACAAAAGUUUUUCGAGGGAUUGAUUUGUGUGCGUGAUUUGAAUGAGGUGAUCUGCAUGACGAAAGAUAGUGAUCGUGUGAUGUGAGAUUGUAAUUAAUGGUUUCGCCUUUAAAGCUGAUGCAGAUGUAAUGUAAAGUUGUUCAACCUAACCUCAUUGCAUUGAUUUUACGUUUCAAUGCAUUCUGCAGCAUAUAUUUCUGUAGAAUUUUUGAAAUUAGGAUUAUCAGUUUCAUUGAUUUGAGAUACAGCUUUGAUCUGAAUAGUCAGAGUGAACGAGUCUGAGACUGUAACAGAACUGACAGAGCACAGCUAAAAGGUAGUGAGGGGGUUAGAGUAGAGUUUAAAAUCAGAGGAAGACCUUUUAAUUGAUAGCAAUGCCUUUUCCGAUGAAGAUUCAACCGAUCGAUUCUCAGACGUAUCGAGAAUCAAUCCGAAACGAUUCAUCCAAACUUGUGGUGAAAUCGCGCCUCAGGAGGCUCUUCGAUCGGCAGUUCCCUAGCGUUCUGCGGAUUUCGUCGGCCGACAAGCCGAGUGUCGGUGAAGCUCAGUUCAGCAAAGACGGAGGGACUGAGUUUGAACCGAGCUCGGUUUGUUUGGCCAAAAUGGUUCAGAAUUUCAUUGAGGAGAGCAACGAGAAGCAAUCGGCUGCGAAAUGUGGUCGCAAUCGCUGCAAUUGCUUCAACGGAAACGGAAAUGACAGCUCCGACGACGAAUUUGAUUUCUCUAGUGGAUUCGGUGACUCGUUCCAAACAGCUUCAUCUGGUGAUUCUUUCGAUACACUCAAGAGUUUGAUUCCCUGCGCGAGUGUUGACGAGAGAAAUCUCUUAGCAGACACCUCAAAGAUCAUCGAGAAAAACAAAAUUUGCAAGCGAAAGGAUGAUUUGAGAAAAAUUGUUACGGACGGCCUGUUAAUUCUCGGUUACGAUGCUUCAAUCUGCAAAUCGCGAUGGGAAAAAUCUUCAUCUUAUCCAGCAGGAGAAUAUGAGUUCAUAGAUGUGUUUGUGGAAGGGGAGAGAGUAUUGAUUGACAUAGACUUCAGAUCGGAGUUUGAGAUAGCUCGAUCAACCGGAAGCUACAAAGCGAUCCUUCAAAAUCUGCCGAACAUCUUCGUCGGCAAAGCCGAUCGUCUCCAACAAAUGGUUUCGAUUGUAUCAGAGGCCGCAAAACAGAGCUUGAAGAAGAAAGACAUGCACAUUCCUCCGUGGAGGAAAGCCGAGUACAUGAGAGCUAAAUGGCUCUCUUCUUACACCAGAACCACUCCACCACCAAACGACGCCGUCAAGGCCAACACCGAAACCCAGACUCCAAACGAGCACAAUACUGAAACCGAAAACCAGCAGCUCUCUGUAACAAACGAAAGCGAGUGCGGAGAGCUUGAACUGAUUUUCGGUGAGGAGUCGUCGUCGUCGUCGUCGUCAUCGGCGGGAGUGGAUCACGCGGAAACCGAAACCGAGCCGUUGUCGUCGCCGGCGAAGAACUCCGGCCAGAAUGAGAAAAAACCGUUUAAGGUAUCGACGUGGCAACUGCCGGCGAUCAAACCGAGGAGUUGCGAGAGAGGAGCCAAAGUCGUCACCGGAUUAGCUUAUCUACUCAAAGAAAAACCUUAAUAAAUUUUGUUUCAUUUUUUUUUUUUUUUUAAUUUUCAUUUCUUCCAAGUUUAAUAUAUACAGAAUAUAUAAGGAGUUUUGGAUAAUUUUCGUAUAUUCCUCUUUCUCUUUUUACUUUUUCUUUGAAGAAUAUGUAAGAAAAUCAAGCCUUGCGUUGAUUAUUGUAAUGAAAAUAGGAGAAACAAAAAUGUUACUAAAAUCUAAAA